CGUUGCUGUUGUGUUUGGCGUUCGCAGCUGUGAAGCACUAUCAGUCCAAGCGGCUGGAGGCGAAGCUGCAGCGCCAGCGGGAGGAAGCCUUGCGGCUGAAAGCGGAGGGCAAGAAAGCGCAGUAGAAGCGAACCCUUUCAGCAGGCUGAUGCUGCUGAUCCACGUGCGGGAGGGCCGUGCCCUGGUGUGGGACGCAGAGGGGGCCUCCCGCCUGCCUCGGCCCCCGGCCCUGUGGGGCCGGCCGGUGGGCUCGCUGGCCCGGCAGCCCCGGCAGAACACCCAGCUGGGCCUCCCCCUCAGCUUGCUGCCCGAGGAGGCUCGGCUGCUGGCCGAAGAGGGGCUGGCGCUGCUGGUGCGGGCGCCGGGGGCGGAGCAGGCGGGGGUCCGAGGAGGGGGGGAGAAAGAGGAGGAGGAGGAGAAGCUGCGACGCUCCCACACCGAGCAGCAGCGCCUGGCCCUGUGCCAGAGGAGGAAGGAACUGGAGGCCCUCGACCAGCACAUUCGGAGGGGGCGGCAGCUGAAGAAUAGAAGACGGCCACAGGGAGAUCUCCAGGAACCCUGUGAGGGGGAGGAGGGGACAGAGAAAGGAGUAAAGGAGGCAGAGGAGGGCGAGCCCCCAGCCACCCCUGGCCCCCUGAAGGAGCUGGCCGAACUGGAGGAGACGUUCAACUUCCCGCUGGAGAGCUGCCUGGUGCAACUGCAUACCGCCUGCCCCCGCCCGCGUUCCCUGCAGCCCCUGGACUGGCGGCUGCCCUCCCCGGACUGGCCUUACCCUGGCCUUGAGUCCCACCAGCUGCGCUACGCUGUCUUCCGGGACCUGCGGGCCCGCGGAUACUACCUCACCACCGGCGGAAAGUUUGGCGGAGACUUCCUGGUCUACCCGGGUGAUCCACUGCGGUUUCACGCUCACUACAUCGCCCUCUGCGUCCCCUACGGCCGGCAGUUGCCGCUGCAGGAGACUGUCACGGCCGGGCGGCUGGGAUCCAAUGUCAAGAAGACAGUGCUGCUGUGCUCCGUGGCGGAGGGGGGCCAGGUGGUUUACACUUCGCUGCGCUGGAGUGGGAUCCAGUGAGUGCAGUCCGGGUGCAACGAGCGGCUUCUGCUCCGGGAAUCACUGUUACCUUUGGACUUGACUUUGCUGAAUAAAUUAUAUUUGGAUGCACUUUCACUGUGACUGUCUCUUUCCUUGGGGAAAACUGAAACCGUACCAUCACAUGCUUCAA